GGCGCUGGAGCUGGAGGAGUCGCGACGGCGGCGCGAUUGGCAAAGGCAGGGUUCAAGGUCACGGUGUUGGAGAAAAACGACUUUACCGGAGGUCGCUGCUCCCUUCUGCACCAUGAGGGCUGGCGGUUCGACCAAGGCCCAUCUCUACUUCUCCUCCCGCGCAUGUUCCACAAGACCUUCGCCGAUCUCGAUACCACCCUGGAAGCUGAAGGAGUACAUAUUGUCAAAUGCGAGCCCAACUACAACAUGUGGUUUGGCGACGGCGAGAAGUUCCAGCUCUCGACCGAUCUGGUUCUGAUGAAGGAGCAGGUUGAGAAGUGGGAAGGCAAGGAUGGAUACUCGAGAUACCUGUCGUUCCUCAGAGAAGCACACAACCACUACGAGCUGAGUGUCGAACAUGUGCUAUCGCGCAACUUCACCAGCAUCACAUCUAUGCUGCGACCCAGCUUCCUCAGCCGCGUCUUCGAACUGCACCCCUUUGAGAGCAUAUACAGCCGCGCUUCCAAGUAUUUCUGGACUGAGAGGCUACGCCGAGUUUUCACUUUUGCGAGCAUGUAUAUGGGCAUGAGUCCAUUCGACGCUCCCGGAACAUACAGUCUUUUGCAAUACACCGAGUUGACCGAGGGUAUCUGGUAUCCCGUUGGAGGUUUCCACAAGGUCAUCGAGGCACUGGUCAAGGUUGGCGAGCGUCUAGGCGUGACCUACAGACUUUCAACCCCGAUAUCCCAAAUCACUCUUUCUCCUGACGGUCGGCGAGCUACCGGAGUUGUUCUUGCCAAUGGCGAGACCUUGACCGCCGAUGUUGUGGUGAACAACACUGACCUAGUAUAUGCGUACAACAACUUCCUACCUCCCACCCCGUACGCAGAAUCGCUGGCCAAUCGCGAAACAUCAUGCAGUAGCAUAUCCUUCUACUGGGCAUUGGAUCGCAAGCUGCCAGAACUCAACGCUCACAACAUCUUCUUGGCUGAUGAAUACAAAGAGAGUUUCGACUCCAUCUUCAAGAAGAACCUGAUCCCGAAUGAACCUAGUUUCUACGUCAAUAUUCCCAGCCGACCAGACCCUACAGCUGCUCCUGAAGGUAAGGAAGCAGUUGUUGUACUGGUACCGGUCGGACAUCUUCUUGGAGAGCAUGAGAACCCAAAGUCAGCUGCCACGGCUACAGCCAAGGACAUUCGACAGAGCGAUGCUGAUGGAAAGAUGACGAACUCCACAUCAGCAGAAGGCAUCAAACCAUCAGAAACCCAAGACUGGCCCAAAAUGAUUGAGCUCGCGCGCAAGACGAUCCUCACAACCAUUGCCAAGCGCACAGGUGUCGACAUUGAGCCUUUGAUUGUCCACGAAAUCACGAACGAUCCUAUCACAUGGCGUGAAUCCUUCAAUCUUGACCGUGGAGCUAUCCUUGGUCUGUCGCACUCUUUCUUCAACGUGUUGUCAUUCAGGCCAGCCACGCGUGCAAGACGAGGUGGUUGGUUUGAUGGCCGUCUCGGAGGCGGUAGCAUUGAGCGCCUGUACAUGGUUGGCGCCAGCGCUCAUCCUGGCACAGGUGUACCAAUCGUGCUUGCAGGAGGCCGUUUGGUCGCGGAACAAGUAUGCCAGGACCUUGGAGUGAAGAUUCCAUGG